AUGCCCCGUGUAACCAAGGCAAACAGGCGCAAAAAUCCAAGCCCAAAACUCAGUGAAGUUCUGGAGGAACUCAACACGCUGAAAAAGGCCCAUGAAAACCUCAUCCAGGACAAAAAAGGCCAGGGUCUUUCUACCAAGGUCGUAGCUCUUGAGCAUGAAAAUGCUCAAUUGAAGAAAGAACUGGAAGAACUUACUGUUCCAACUGACACCAAAGAGUUGAGAGAGAAAUUCAAAAACUUAAAGAAAGAGAAAGAACAGACGAAAGAAGAACAUUUGACCCUGAAACAGGCCAACCUUGACAUGGUCUGGGAGCUGGAAGAAUGCAAGGCCGUGUUGAUCCAACAAAUGGACAUCACUGAGAAAAAUGAAGCUCACAUCAAAAAGCUGAAACAGCAGCUUAAGGAUUUAAAAGAGCAGAAGGCUGCAAAGGGAGGCAAAGGACCCAAACCAGACAACAAUAAAGCCUUUGAGGACCUUAAAAGAAAAUAUCAGGAGUCUCAAGGAGAAAAUCGGGAACUAAAGGCAGAAAAUCAAGUUCUGGUUGACGAAGUUGAAGAUUUGGAGAAAGAAAAUGCUGACUUAAACAAGAAACUCGAGGUCUCUGCUCAGCAUGAAUCCACUAUCGUUGAGCUGAAAGAGCAACUGAAGACACAUGAAGAUGAGAAAAGGGCACUCCUUGAACUGAACAAACUCAAGGAAAAAGAAGCAGAAGAUGCAAAACGGGAGUUGGAAGAACUGAAGGCAAACAAAGAGAAGAAAACAGUCUCUGUCCAGACUGACUCUGAUGCUGAGGAGAAGAAAACAGUCUCUGUCCAGACUGACUCUGUGAAUCAGGAAUGCAUCACCAAAGUGGGAGAAACCAUAAGUCCCAAAGACCAGACUGGGGAAAAGACAACAGAGGUUGGAAAAACAAACUCUCCUGACACAGAAAAUGAUGGAAGGGCUGAGGAGAGGGAUGGAAUGAAGAAAGAUCUUCAGGAAAUCCAAGUGGAACUUUCUGUCAAGAACCUCGAAAGCAGGGAGAAAAAAGAACAACAGGCUGAGGUAGAAGAGGUGGAAGAAGAGAAACCAAAGAAAGGAAAGAAGGUCAAGAGGUUUUCCUUCACCAAAUUUUGGCGCAGAUUGUUUUGCUUGAAAAAGUAA